CAGAUCAUUUGUCAGAAGUCUGUCAAGUGGUGAAAUUUCGAAGAUGAAUCUCAGCAGUUCAUUUUUGAUUUUGUUGUUUUGUGGCCUGGCUGUGGCCCAGGGUACUAUCGAAACCAAUGCCAUGACAGAAAAAUUUAAUUCUUUGGAAAGCAAGAUGUUGAACAUUGGAAGCAGGCUGGAAAACUACGAAAGUCGCAUCCUUCAGCUGGAACAAAAAGAGAGAAACACGGUCAUAUUCAGUGUUGGAAUUGGAGUGAAUUCACCAUUUGGGCCCUUUAACACAGACGUAACUAUGAUCUACGAUCACACAUUUGUAAAUAUUGGAAAUGCCUACAGCCCAGUUACAGGUAUCUUUACAGCACCUGUUUCAGGUGUGUACUUCUUUACCAUUUUCUCUCAUUCUGGAGGUGAACGUAAAACAUGGCUGCUGUUAUACAAGAACAAUGAGGUCAUCUUACACAUCCAUGAUCACCAGUCAACUGACACAGCUGAUAAUGGAGGAAAUGCGGCGUUCCUGCAGAUGCAGCAGGGUGAUACAGUGUAUGUGCGUUUAAAGGAGGGUACACAUGUCUAUAAAGCCAGAACAGUAACAACUUUCAGUGGAUUUUUGGUCAAACAAAACAGUUAAAAAGAGAUGUACAUUUCUUUGAAAUUGUGUUUGGCUGCAGUGGUUCUUGUGUGUGCUACAAUAAAACACAUUUAAAUCA